AUGAGGCUGUUGUACCAAAGCGUUCUAGGAUUAAUGUUCUUAGUUUCCAUCCAUGCUUCAGAUAGCAAGGGCGCAAGCGGAGGCGAGAGCAAGGUUGAUCAGGGAAAUCCUUCGCUGGAGCCAAGUUACAAAUAUGUAGCUUUGGCAGUCAAAGUUAAAGAGCACAGCAAUCUUUACCUCAGGGUUUCCUCUCGAAUACAAAAUGUAAUCAAAGCAUGCAAUGAAGGGAAAGUGGCUUUGGAAGAGAACCACUUAAGACUUUAUAAAUCUCUAGGAGAGCUUUCUGAGCUUCUCUUUAAAAGCUGGAAUGAUUUUUCUUCUCUCCUAGAACAGGGAGCUGAGCUAAAAGAUCUUAAAAGAGAACUUCUGGAUAUAACUAAGCUGGAAUCCCGGGUUAUACAAAUCUCUGCUGAAUUGAAUAUUGAAAUCUUGGUCAACGAAGAUUUCUUAAGGGAAUUCAAUGAGCAUGCGGAAAAUAACGAUCACAAAGCAUUUGCAGAGUUACUCGGAGAUAUGAUGGUAUCUGUACGUGAAUCACUUCUACUCCGCGUAUCUAAGGGGAAGGAAGCUGAAGAGAAACAACAGGAGGAACAAGAACAACAACAACAACAACAACAGGGGGAGCAAGAACAACACCGGGAACAGGAAUAA